AUGCAAUCUUUGGCGAAGCAGGGCGGCAUCCGGGAAACCGAUGUUAUCGACCUAAUUCUCGACGGUAUCGGAAACAAAAUCAACAACAUCAACUUGCUUAUGCCGGCGCAGUCACUGGAUGAGCUAAAGAGGUUAGUGAAUCGAUAUUACACAAAAUACCUCAAGCCAAACUCCAACAUCACUCGGCGUAUAACGCCUGCCGUCACCGUUAAACAACCUGCCGCCUCCGGUAAGCAACCUGCCGCUGGAAAGGUUAGCAACGAAGCUGGGAAGAACAGCCAAUCGCUCUGCUUCAACUGCUCUAUGAGGGGACAUAUAAAGCCAAGCUGCCCAUAUCCGAUGCGACCCAGUGGUUCGUGUUUCCGCUGCUGGAAAAUGGGGCACGACCACUAUUCAUGCACCAAUCCUAGGAAAGUUUUGAAGCCGAUUGCCGAUCAACAAGUUGCCGCCGUUCUAGAAGAUGAACUCAUGGAAUUGGAAUCACUUAACUUUUCCAACUAGUUUUAUGAAGCAAUCGUGUGUGCCGAACAACUUAGUGACUUUAAACAAUCCGCAACAUAACUAUCGCAGCAUUGGUGGACUUAAGUUGAAUAUACUCUGUGAAAUACAAUGUUUUGUGAAAUUUAAAAAUGAAAUAAAAAAUGUUAAAAUAAAUAUUUUGCCUGAUAAUGAGAUGUUAGUGCCCGUCAUCUUUGGACGUGAUUUCUUGAAAUUGUUUAACAUACGGUUAACUAAAAUAAAAAAUAGAUAUGCGAAAAGCGAUUUGGUAUCCUAUAGAAACGGAAUUCCUUGCACUCCCC